GAGCGGGAUAUCAGUCACACAUUCACCCAGGCGGAGGAUAAACCAGCAGCGAUGCCUCACUCCUUGUUCUACAUGUGCGUCCUGGGACUCAUCGCCCUCUCAUCCGCCUGUUACAUCCAGAACUGCCCCCGAGGAGGGAAAAGAGCGCUGCCGGAGAAUGGGAUCAGACAGUGCAUGUCUUGUGGCCCCGGAGACAGGGGCCGCUGCUUCGGCCCCAGUAUCUGCUGCGGGGAGGGCCUCGGCUGCCUGCUGGGCGCCCCAGAAACAGCUCACUGUGUGGAGGAGAACUACCUGCUCACCCCUUGCCUGGCAGGCGGGAGACCCUGUGGAUCUGAUGGAGGACGCUGCGCUGCUUCAGGACUCUGCUGUAACUCAGAGAGCUGUACGGUGGAGCCUGACUGCCUGGGGGAGACCGAGGCCUCAGAUCCUGCCCACGGCUCUGCAGUGAGCUCGCCUGCAGAACUUCUGCUGCGCCUGCUCCAUGUGGCCACCAGAGGACAGACUGAGUACUGAUACUGGAGGCUCCUCUGCUUCUCAGGGCCUGAAGAUGCAACAGAAUGAAGAUCAUCCCUGAUCCACUACAAGCCUUGUGAUAUAAACCAUGAACCAAUAAAAUGCCAAGUCAAACUUUGAUCUCUCCUUACCCCUACUGCUGUGAUAUUUCUGUAUCUGUUAAGAGGGCCACAGAAGGAGAACUAUCUUUAACUUUAGUAAUUGGCUGUUUUCAUCCAGAUCUUGGGGGAGAGGAAUCAUGAUAUUGGUUAUGAAAAGUAAAUUUCAUGUUUGUUCCAACCAUAGAAAUGUAUAUACCGAUGCACAUACUGUAACAAAGUUGUAUUCUAUAUGAGGGGAUUUAAAACACCUCAGGGCUCCAUUUCAAAUAUGUGAAUUAUAGCAGAAAAGACUGUAAAUAAGUCAGAGAUCAGAGAUUGCAAACAUCCAUGUAAAACAGCUGAAUGACAAUGCUUACGCAGUUACUUCUUGUGUAGUAGGAAUAUUGUUGUAUGUUGAAAAUAGGAGAAACAAUACAGAAUGCAUCACUGCCAAAAACCUUCUGCUGCUGUUUUCAUUAUUCCCACGCUCAAAAGAAUUACAGCUUUAACAGACGA